AUGCGGCUCGUUCGCGCUGGUCGCGUCGGCCACCACCUUCCCGGUGGAGAGUACUUCACGCAGCCACUUCCAGUGAUCCAGAGAUCUGCCGCCGCACUGACGCCAAGAGAGCUCGCGGAAGACUGCAAGGCGAAGGCGCGCUCAGACACCGUAAAUGUGGACGAGAAGCCUCAAUUGGAAGUCCCUAAGAGGGCGACGCUCGCUCCUGGCUCCACCGUACAGCCGAAGGCUAUCGUCGCCCGGAAGCACAAGCUCACUCGAGCGGAUGAAUCUGUGCCGGUUUCCAAUCUCCCAAGCAAGCUGCGCCCCAUUGCGUUCGGCACUGACGAGCGUAUUCCCUUGUGUUUGCCUACAGGUCUCGGUAAGAUUAACGUCACCAUGUUGACUACCCUGAACGAGUUUGGCAAGUGGCGCCGCGAUGAGACGGCCCAGUUCUACCUAGACUCCUUCAAGAUCAUCCACGUCGCCCCUAUGGAAGCCCUCGUCCAGCAGAUGGUCGGCAACUUCAGGUCUCGGUUAGACACUCCCACGAUCACAGUAAACAGGCUUGCUGUGUUCAUCGUCGGCAUCGCGGAUGGCCUGCUUGCCAAUACGCGCAAGGAGAGCGAGAUCAAGACGGAAGGCAAGUCUAUCAUCGGGCUGCUCAGUAUGCUGGGCGUCGUGCUGAGCAGGCUAUGUCUGCUACACCUUUGGCCCACGAAGAUCACGAUCGAACUGUUCCGAAUCCUCGCGCUUGUUUUAAGAGUUCCAGCUCUUGCCAGUCCGUCAAGAGACCAGGACGUACGCAUGCAGAAGGGAAGGAGGUCCGGCUGCGCGCCGCGGUCGAUCGUAAGCUACAACCACACGUUCCGGCUGCCGCAGGGGCGGCUCAUCGGUCUGGGCUCGGCGGUUUAG